UUGAUAUUCAUAUUGACAUGACGGUUGAAAUCGCUUGAAUGGAAGUUGUCUUACUACUACUUGUAGUAAAAGCAUGAAGCAAUCUUCUAUGGUCCAUUCUUGUUCGAUACUAUUUCGUUUUGUUGUCUUUCUCAUAUCCUUUUGUAUCUUCUUUGUGACAACGUCCCAUGCCCAAGUAGUCCACCGACGGCUCUGGCCGUGGCCAUCAAUACCUUGGCCAUCAAUGCCUUGGCCGUAUCCAUGGCCAAUGGAACCACCAGAACCUGGCCCACCACCUGGCCCACCACCAGGCCCAUCACCAAAUCCUGGUCCACCAUCUGGCCCAUCUCCACGCCCACCAAUACCACCUAAGCCGCAACCAAAGCCACCACCAGCGCCUGGUCCAUCGGCAUGUCCACCAAUACCACCUAAGCCUCAACCAAAACCACCACCAGCCCCUGGUCCAUCUCAAUGCCCACCACCUAAGCCGCAACCAAAGCCACCACCAGCGCCUGGUCCAUCGGCAUGUCCACCAAUACCACCUAAGCCUCAACCAAAACCACCACCAGCCCCUGUUCCAUCUCAAUGCCCACCACCUAAGCCGCAACCAAAGCCACCACCACCGCCUGGCCCAUCGGCAUGUCCACCUAAGCCUCAACCAAAGCCACCACCAGCGCCUGGUCCAUCGGCAUGUCCACCAAUACCACCUAAGCCUCAGCCAAAGCCACCACCAGCACCUGCCCCGUCUCCAUGCCCACCUCAACCACCAAAGCCGCAACCAAAGCCACCACCAGCACCUGCUCCAUCACCAAAGCCAGGCCCAUCACCGCCACCACCUAAACCACCUAGUCCAGUUCCGAAACCUGUACCACCACCUGCCCCGUCACCAAAACCUAGCCCACCUGCUCCAUCGCCAAAACCAAAACCUAGCCCACCUGCCCCAUUACCACCUAAGCCAGAAAACAAAACCAUACCGGCCGUGUUUUUCUUCGGGGAUUCGAUAUUUGACACAGGGAAUAACAAUAAUUUAAAGUCAAAGAUAAAAAGUAACUAUCGUCCCUAUGGUAUGGAUUUUCCUUCCAGAGUAGCCACCGGUAGAUUCAGCAACGGAAAGGUCGCUUCUGAUUAUAUAUCUACAUAUUUGGGAGUAAAAGAAAUAGUACCCGCAUAUUUAGACCAGAAGCUACAACAAAACCAAUUACAACGAAGCGAUCUACUUACGGGCGUCUCUUUUGCUUCGGGUGGUGCUGGCUUCGAUCCUGAAACAUCUGAAUCAGUGGAGGUUAUACCAAUGUUGGACCAAUUGUCAUAUUUUCAAGACUAUAUAAAGAGAGUAAAGAAGCUAGUAGGAAAAAAAGAGGCUAAACGAAUAGUGUCCAAAGGAGUAGCCAUUGUGGUCGCAGGAGGCACCGAUCUGAUUUAUACAUAUUUUGGAAUUGGUGCUCAACACCUUAAAACUGACAUCGACUCUUACACCACCCUCAUGGCUGACUCUGCUGCCAGUUUCGUUUUGCAACUGUAUGGAUAUGGAGCAAGACGUAUAGGAGUGAUCGGAACACCACCGCUUGGUUGUACACCAUCACAAAGAGUAAAGGACAAAAAAAUUUGUGAUGAAGAGAUAAAUUAUGCUGCUCAGCUUUUUAAUUCUAAGCUCGCUAUUAUUUUGGAUCAACUGUCGGAAACCCUACGAAAUUCUACGUUGGUUUACAUGGACAUCUACUCUAUCUUCAGUAAAAUUCUAGAAAGCCCUGCGCACUAUGGAUUUGAGGAGGUAAAGAAACCGUGCUGCAAAAUCGGAUUAACGGGAGGAGGUGUAUUCUGCAAAAAGAAGACAUCAAAAAUUUGUCCCAAUACAUCGUCUUAUUUGUUCUGGGACGGUGCCCACCCCACUGAGAGAGCUUUUGAAACCUUAAACAAAAAACUUGUUAAAAAAUACCUCCGUUAUAUCUGAUUAAUAACUAUCUUUGUUACAUUAUUAAUCUCACCAAAAGGAAAACUUUUGCAACGUAUUAUAUGUAGGCAUGAGCGGUUUCUGCGACUAAUAAUGCAAACAACAUUUAAGCCUUUGUUUUGUAUCAAACGUGAGGAGUGUUCCUCACCGAGCCAGUCAUGUUUAUCUAAGAUUUGCACUAGAUUAUGUAAGAAAAAAGAUCUACAGUAUAUUUUUAUAAAGUA